AUGCGCAUCCGCUCAGACUACGUUCCCCGCGCGCAGGCUCGUCGUGCCCAAGCCGCCGGUGCAACAGCUCUCUGUCCGAACUGCCACCAACAAAUCCCCGUCGCCGAGCUGGACCAGCACAUGCGUAUCGAGCUCCUGGACCCGCGAUGGAAAGAGCAGCGUGCCAAAGCGGAGUCCCGCAGCGCCACAACCAACCUGUCAACUGUGGACGUGGUCAACAACCUCAAGCGCCUCGCCAGCCAAAGAAGCGACGUCUUCGACUCGUCCCUUACUCCUCUCGACCCCGAAGAAGAUCGUCGCAAGCGCAUGGCUACCGACAGUCCCGUGCAGCCUGGUCCCGCGAUGGGGCCCGGCGGCGUACCUCUGCCUCAAAGCAUGAAUAUCGAGGAUCAGAUCCGACACAUUCAUCAGCGUGCAAAGCAAUAA